CAAAAGAAGAACGUAACAUAGGGAUUCCUCAAAUCUGUUCGUCUGGCUUGGUUAUCGGAAAUCUCCGAUUGAAGAAAAUGGCGGUGAAGGUGUACGGCCCGACCUACGCUUCCCCGAAAAGGGUGCUUAUGUGUUUGAUCGAGAAGGAGAUCGACUUUGAAGUUGUGCUUCUUGAUAUCUUCAAGGGAGAGCACAAGAAUCCUGAGUUCCUCAAAUUGCAGCCAUUUGGACAGCUUCCUUUGAUUCAAGAUGGAGAUUAUACGCUUUAUGAAUCUCGAGCAAUAAUCAGGUACUAUGCGGAAAAGUACAAAUCCCAAGGAACUGAUUUACUGGGAAAGACAAUAGAAGAUAGGGGACUUGUGGAGCAAUGGCUAGAAGUGGAGGCCCAGAACUUCCAUCCCCCAGUCUACAACAUGGUAAUGCAUAUUCUGUUUGCCCCAAUAUUGGGAACCCCCUCUGACCCAAAAGUGAUUCAAGAGAGUGAAGAGAAGCUCGGGAAGGUUCUGGACAUUUAUGACGAGAGGCUGUCGAAGAGCAAGUACUUGGCUGGGGAUUUCUUCAGCCUUGCUGAUCUUAGCCACCUUCCUUUUGGGCAUUAUUUGAUGAACCAAAUGAAAAAAGGUUAUCUGAUAAGGGACAGGAAGCAUGUGAGUGCUUGGUGGGAUGAUAUCAGCAACAGGCCAUCUUGGAAGAGGGUCGUCCAGCUCUACCAGUACCCUAUCUAGGCUGCGUUCUCUUCAGAUCAUUACUAAGUAGUAAAGAAUAAAUGGGUAUUUCUAGUGAGAGUAUAGGUCCUUUGAGGUAAGAAGUCAAUUACAUGCUUUUGAAGCAGAGGGUAAUAGAAAAGAUAGGGUUCCAUGCUCAGUGUGUUAUUCUCUCUGUGUUUCGUCUAGAGGGCUAUACUGAUGAACUAAUUUUACAUCUUUUGAUGAGUUUGCGUGAGUUAGCUUUAUGUGUAGCCUAUGAUCUCUCAUUAAAUAGUAUGUCUCGCGUGGUGGGAUUUACUCGCCGAAAGAAAAAUAGUGGGGUUUUAUACUCAAGAAAUUUCUUUGAAUUAGCAUUCCAAGAACGUUGAGUUGAAGACUUAGAGCCUGUUUUGUGGUUUGAUUUUGCAUGUUGAUGAAAACAGCUUUACCUUCUAGCUCUGUCUUUGGUAUCUGGGAGUAGUAAAUGUAUUGGGUUUUCAGCUAUUUGGCGGUGAUUAUUACUUGUUAUUGGAA